GUAGAGGCACUUCCUUCUUCCUAACUCACAGGUCUCACACAAACCAGUCAUUUCAACUCAGAGCGCCUGACACUCGUAGCAAUGGGCAGCCUGACCCUUGUCAGAGCUCGUUCCCGCUGACUUUCCUGCUCGUUUGUGGCAAUUCACUUCGGCGGUUAAUGUCACCAGGUUCAGUGAGAAAAAACAAUCAACUUAAGGGCGUAAAAGUGAUCGGAGCGCGACUCUUUUAGCCACAAUGGCUGCGACGUAGCGCAACUUCUGCUAGAUCUACAGUGGAUGAUCGACAGCUCUCUGCGGUGCCGCAAACUUUUACAGACUUCAAGGAGACGCCAAGAGGACGCACACCAUGAAGAAGCAGUUUAAUCGCAUGAGGCAACUCGCCAACCAGACUGUUGGAAGGGCUGAGAAAACUGAAGUCCUGAGUGAUGACCUCCUUCAGAUUGAGAGGAGGAUGGAGCUGGUACGCAUGGCGUCGCACAACACGCACAAGAGGCUGGUUUCCUGUCUGCAGGGUCAGCCGGGCACAGACACGGAGAAGAGACAUAAAAAGCUGCCGUUGACAUCACUGUCCCAGGCCAUGCAGGAGGGAGGCAGCCAGCUGGGUGACGAAAGUCUGAUCGGGAAGAUGAUGGAUGUAUGUGGGGAGACAGAAAGCCGGUUAGCCACUGAACUGAUGCAACAUGAAUUUCAGAUUCAGAAAGAAAUUCUGGAUCCUAUCAACCAGCUGGCAGAGGUGGAGAUCCCCAAUAUCCUUAAACAGAGGAAGCAACUUGCUAAGCUGGUUCUUGACUAUGACUCUGCAAAGACGAGGUGGUAUCAGGCAACAAAGUCCAACAACCAGGCCAUGGCAGCUAAGGUUGAUUUACUCAAAGAUGAGAUGGAUGAAGCUCUUAAUAAAGUAGAGAUUUGCAAGGACCAGCUCUCGGCAGACAUGUACAACUUUGCUUCAAAAGAGGGCGAAUAUGCACGUUACUAUGUCAUGUUAUUAGAGACCCAGGCAGAUUACCACAGGAGGUCUCUGGCAGCUCUGGAGGCAGCUAUACCAAACAUCCAAAUACAGCAAGACUCCUGGAUGGAGAAGCCAGCAUUUGGAACGCUGCUGGAGGAGCACCUGAAGAGGAGCAACCGUGAGAUUGCUCUGCCUAUAGAGGCCUGCGUCAUGAUGCUCCUGGAGACCGGCAUGAAGGAGGAGGGGCUCUUCCGGAUAGCUGCUGGUGCUUCAAAACUGAAGAAGCUGAAGGCGGCACUGGACUGCUCCACCUCUCAGCUGGAGGAGUUCUACUCUGAUCCCCACGCUGUUGCUGGAGCCCUGAAGUCCUACCUCAGAGAGCUUCCUGAACCUCUAAUGACUUUUAGCUUGUACGAUGAGUGGAUACAGGCCUCCAAUGUGUCUGACCCUGACAAGAGGCUUCAGGCCUUGUGGGUGACAUGUGACCAUUUGCCAAAGACUCACAAAGCUAACUUCAGGUAUCUGGUGAAGUUCCUGGCUAGGCUGGCUCAGGACAGUGAAGUCAAUAAAAUGACUCCUAGUAACAUUGCCAUAGUCUUGGGGCCCAACUUGCUCUGGGCAAAGACCGAAGGGACAUUGGCAGAGAUGGCAGCAGCUACAUCAGUCCAUAAUGUGGCCAUCAUUGAGCCCAUUAUCCAGCACGCUGAUUGGUUCUUCCCUGAUGAGGUGGACUUCAAUGUUUCAGGCAUGUUCUCCAUGCCCUCUCAUCCGGCAACCCCAGACCCUGAACCCAGCUUGGACAGGAAACGGCCCGGCAGUCUGGGGCAGGACGGAGACAGUCACGCCCCCCGUAAAGACAGCACUGUUAACAAACAGCCGGAGCCCAUUCCACGCAGAGUCAGCGUUCUAAAUAGAAAGCUGUCACAACUAACGUCACCCACCUUCCAAACCUCUCUGUCCUCUCUGGAAGCUGGGGCCCCCACCCAGUUUCAGCCACAGCCCCAGGUUUUGUCCCUGGCUGCAGAGGCGGAGCAGCCUGGCCUGAGUGGUGCUGGUAUUGGUGGUGGUGCUCUGGGGGGUGGGGUCCAGGUAGCCACAAAGCAGCCUCAGGCUGUAACCCAGCUCAGCGCAGAGGAAAACAGCCCAGCCCGCGAGCUCAUGUCCACCCCUCCUCCACAAAGGAAUGGUGCAGUCUAUCUUUCACCAGGAACCCCACACUCUCAGGGUGGGUCAAGAGGACCAAGUCCGCUUAUGGUCCGCAGAGGCACCAAAAAGCAGGCGCCAGCUCCACCCAAACAGGCCAGUCCCUUCGCCUCUCAGUCCAGUAACAUCCAAACACCUAGCUCUCCCCAUAACCCACCCAUCAUACCUCGUCGCCACUCCAGCAAAGACAGCAUCCAUGCCCCGAACCAUCCGCCACCACAACCUCCUCAGCCUCACCAUGCUCACGGGGAGCCAGAGGCUUCUCCUCCCAGGACGCCCACCCCUCCAGACACUCCACCUCAUAAUGGAUCACACUCCAACCCACUUUCCUCGUACCACUCUGGAUCUCUGCCUCGUCCCCCCAAGCCAACUCCGAAGCCACGAAUGCGACCUAGCAUGCCGCCACCCCCACAACCUGCAGCAAACACCGGUAAUGACAUCUGCAGCUCUGCCUCCAAGAUCAUAACAGAUGGAGGCCUGGCCCUAAAGGGGAUUGGAAAAGCUCUCAUCCCUGUAUUGAUUGAGGACCAAGAAGAUGAGGGCUCUGCUGGUCAAGAGCCCACAUCCAUCCCAGAUCCUUUCAUUGAGACAGAGAGCACCGUUCUGUGAACAAACACUUAGCUGGUCCAGAUUUAAAUGUUUAGCCUCAGAUAUUAAACAGGAAAUCCACAAGACAUUAGUUUGUUCCAGCUCUGCCUGGUUACUCUCCGGGUAAAGAAAAGAAAAAAAAAAAAAAAAAAAUAGACUGCCUUUUUAUCUGCUUAUACAGACUCAAACUAGGAGCCUCGUCUAAUGGUGGUUGCUUAAACCACAAAACCCUUGUCCAGCCAGCACUUUCCAUAUUCGUCUCUUCAUAACUCUUCAUACUCUCUUAAAGUGCUGUGUAUUUUCAAAACUGGUCUGCAGAGCCUUGAUAGACCCGAGGCAAAAAGGACCUUAACAUGUAAUGUCAGUAAUAUAGCAGAUGAACUCAGAGUGCAGAAAAUGGUUUUACAGGUUUUAACUGUCUCCUAAUUCUUUUAGUUUUUUUUGUACUACCAAUGCUAAAGAUUGUGAUAGGAAUUCUUUUGGAGACAGAGAUCUGACUGGUUUUAGCAACAUAUUUUACCACACAGACCCCCUUUUUUCCCCUCUACAUCACACUUGAGUGUAGAUUUGAGUUUUAUCCAGAUUUUUAUUAUUAUUAUGAAACUAAAUCUGAAUUUCAACGCUUCCGACUCUUUGCAGUUCAUGUUUUAACUGUUUAAAUGGGAUUUUCAGCAAGUAAGGGCUUGUUCCAAAAUACCAAGGAGGACCAAAGGAAUGACUGUGAGCCGAAGGACUUUCAGAUCAAAUUCAGAGCUGUUCAGCACAUCAUAUGGUGGCUAAAGACCAAAUAUUUUGGCAAGAGUGCAAUAUCUUGCGGUGGUGACCCAUCCACAGCAUGUACACUGUCAUUUAGAGGCAGUUUUAUUUAAUUAUAUCUAGUAAUCCAGUGGGGUGGAACUUUAAUUGACUUACUCUGAUCUACAGGUAGAAAACAGCAUUUUAUAUAUAAAGAUUUGAUUUUUUUUUUUUUAUUAAAAGGGAUUAUUUCUCCUAUUAAAUAGUUUACUUUUGUAACUGAUCACUCCAAUAUGAACUCCAAGCUAUGACCAAAUAAAUCAAGCUUUGCCUUUUUUCUUUUUUAUUCUCAGCUUUUCUAUGGUGGUUCUUCUGCACAUAAUGCAUGAUACAAUGCAUAAUUAUGCCUAAAAAUUAAAGAUAGCUCAACAGUGUUUCAUGGUAUUUUUCAUUUUGAGUUGUUUUGUCAGAAUGUAUUUUUCCAUAAAUCUGUUUAAGCUGUAUAAAAUGAUCACCUUCAAUCUGUCAA